AUGGCCAUCAUUCCACAGUCUUGGGCUGGCGUUGUAUCUUUUCUAGUUUUCUUGCUUUUCGCUUUUCCAGCCGAUGCUCUUCCCAAGAAGAAGGGACAGGCAAGCACGGCUUCGACUGCUACUACCGCGACAGGCGGAGGAGCUGCGGCGGCAGCUGGUGGGAUUACGACAGCUACAGAUGGUUCUACGAUCUUGGACAAGACCGUCACUAUUAAUGGCCUCUCGAUUCGAUACAAAAUCAGUGGUCCCGCAGCUUCAUUCACGGCCGCUUCAGGAGUAACAGGUGGUGUGGCGACUGCAAAUUCUACGGGCACAGCGGGUCUCAAUGUGCUUCUUCAUGGCGAUGGAGGUCAAUCGUUCUUCGAUUUCCCAAACCAAGCCCUUCAAAACAACCUAAUGGGCGUUGUAGUCCUAGCACCAAACAAAGACCUGUUCUGGGGAGGUGGAUCUGGACUUGACCGAACGGAUGGAGUGGCACAUGCAGCAGCAGUCAACAGCCUGAUUCAAACCCAGCUGUCCCAAGAUGUUGCAUUCGACCCUGGAAAUGUCUUCUUUACAGGUGUCUCGGGCGGUUCUCUCCUCCUUUCUGGAUUCUUUAUGCCUGCUUUCGGCGCAACCUACAAGACUGGAGUGGCCUUGAAUUGCGGUGGUCUCACACCACAAGUCGACGUCGUCGAUCCCGCCAAUCUUGCCACCAUGAAAAUGCAUUUUCAAAGCACUCAAGACGAACUGGCUUUGUUACAGCCCGCUAUACCUCUUGCAAUUACAGCUUAUGAAAAAAUCGCUACGGACGCCGGACUCACGGCUUCACAAGUCGGCGCCUUGCAGACUGUUGAUAAUACGCCGAAUGGAGGAGGCCAUUGCGCAUUUGAUAACAAGGACUUUGUUUCUGGUGUACAGCUGAUGUCCACGAACUUCGCAAACAUCAUGGGAGCCAAUGCUUCUGGGGAAGUUACAGGAAUUGGAAAUGUUUUGAAGACUGUCGUUGGUAAUGAACAGGUCCCAUUUACGAGUGCUACAUAG